AUGGUGGGGCUUGAACAGAUGGACCAAGGUGGAUUACAGGUAGACUUGGAACCGGAGCUUGUGCGAGGUAUUCCGCUGCAUGUGGCUUUGUCGGGUUGGGGAAAGCAUUGGGCAGACAACGGCAGUGGUAGCACUGGCACAGACUCCGACACCGUCCAGAGCAGCUACAGCUUGAGCCGGGCCACGCAGGACUUCGACAACUUCCUCAGUCAUGACUGGGGGACAUCGCGCUGGGAGAAGCUGCUUGCAAUGAUGGUUCUCUUCAACACCAAGCCUGCGGCUCGUGUUGCACUGGUCGCCAGCAUUCUUACUGCUGCUGCAUCCAUGUUCGUUGGACCAAGUGUCCAGGUGUUCUUACCACUGGUCAGCUACUUGUUCUUCUGGACCUUCCUGUGCUUCGCACAGCGAAGCUUUUCCAUCGUCUCGAAGCCGAAGAUGGUCUUCUUGGACAAGCUCUGCAUUUCACAGGACGAUGCCGUGUUGAAGCAAAAAGGAAUUUUGGGGUUGGCCGCCUUCCUCGACCGCUCCAAGAAGCUCACGAUUUUGUGGAGCCCGCGCUAUUUUUCAAGGCUUUGGUGCUGCUAUGAGUUAGCCACAUUCCUCCGGCAUUCCACUCGCCAUUCGAUUGAGAUCAUGCCAACUAAGCUGGCCGUCCUCUUCUUCGGCAUGUUCUGCUCCACGCAGUGUGUUUCUUUGAUGUAUGUGUUGUUGGCGGCAGGCUUGGGAAACCAAGCUGCUGGGCAAAGCCAACGGAUUGUAGAAACGGUAACCAUUGCCGGCUUCUUGGCGAUUACCUUUAUACUUCCUGGGGUUCUGUGCCUACAUGCGGGCAUUGGUGUGGCAGGGAGUAUGGCGGAGCUCGAAGAUCAACUUAGAUCUUUUCGAAUUCAGAACUGCAGAUGCUUUUGCUGCUCGGUGGACCAUAUCCAUCCGGAAACUAAAGCACCGCUGCCCUGUGAUCGAGAACUGAUCCUGGAGACCGUGAAGAAGUGGUAUUUUCAAAGCCUGUCUUCUCCUCAGGAGAAAGAAGAGGCCUCCGACGAACCCCAUUGGGAGAAGUUCAACCAGACGGCACAGCAGGAGCUUCUGCCAAUAGUCCUGGAUUCGGUCGGCACCGGGCGGACGUGCAUGUCAUACUUUUCAACCUUGGUGUGGGCGGCCAGCCUACCCAGUCUGGUAUUUUGGCUGCCCGUCUAUAUCGAGAACGAACACUCCUUCGAGGGCUCUCAUCUCCUUGUUUGGUGGGUCCGUUGCUGCAUGCACUGGGCCGUCUUCCCCGUUGGCAUCCUCUGGUACUUCCACGUUUACUGGUGGCUCUGUCUGCUGGGCCUUCGCAUGGAGAAGUGCUGUCAAGGAAAGCGGAAGUUGAUUUCCUGCCUCUUGCUUCCUCCUCUGUUUCUCUUUGGUAAUGGGCCAACAUAUGUGGUGGAGUUCACGAGGGCAGCUACGGAGACCCCGAGCUUACUUCCAGCGCUUCCCUUCUCCUUGCUGCUGGCCGCGGUGUACUCGCAGAGAUGUCGACCUCCUGGCCCGGCGACGCAGAAGGAGGAGGAGGAAGCCGAGGAGGUCGUGGUCACGACAGCCCAGAGAAAUCUGCCCCUUUCCGUCUCGACGGAAGGAGACGACGAUCUGGUGAGUUGGACGUUCUGA